UUAUGUUCCCCGACUUGCAAGAAUGUUUCCAUUUAACCACUUCUUGCCUGACUCCUGAUCCUACAUAGGAGAGAAGCCGGGAGUUGUAAGAUUUGGGGCCACCUGUGCCAAGAGCCUGGACACGCGCGGUGGAGAGAGCCAGGAGUCUUGGGAAGCAGAGGCAGAGCGGGUCUUGCUGUAGCCUCCCGGGGCUCCAGUUUGGGUCCGGGACCCAGGUAAGGGGCGGUCUCCCUUUCCCCUGGCAGGGGCGGCCGGCGGUUCGGACUGUCCCACGAGGGGGCGCGUCUCGGGCCCUAGGACCCGCCCUCGCGGCGCUGGGCGCGGGGAGGAGACCCGGGAACCCUGGCGCCCGGCGCUCCGCCUCCCGUUUCCGGGGCAGCGCGGUUACCUGCACCGCCCGAGCCGCACCUGGCGGAGGCAGAAGUCGCAAACCGAGCGAGCGCAGACCGGCGGUGCGGAGAGGAGGGCCGGCGGCCGGCUGCGGGGAGGAAGGGGCGGCGGCGGCGUGGAGGGCGCGGCGCGGCGCGGCGGAGGGGGCAGGCGGCAGCUGCGCUCGGCUCGCUCUGCCCCGCCGGCCGGGCGCGCACCCGGGCCCGCACCGCUGCGGGCGCACAUGGCAGCGUGAGACGCCGGCGGCGGGAGGAGCGGGCGGCGCCGGGCCGGGGCCGCAGGGCCGCAUGGACAGCGGCGCCACCCCGGCCGGCCCCCACUAGGGCCCCCAGUCCGCGGGCGCCACCUCCCCGGUCAUGGUGCCUCGGCGGCCGCCCGGGCCGGGUACAGCCGGCCGGAGCCGCUGAGCCGGGGGCCCCCGCGGCGGCCGGGAGCUGCAUGGGGGAGCGCGGGCCGCGCUCGGGAAGAUGCCCCGGCCGGAGCUGCCCCUGCCGGAGGGCUGGGAGGAGGCGCGCGACUUCGACGGCAAGGUCUACUACAUAGACCACACGAGCCGCACCACCAGCUGGAUAGACCCGCGGGACAGGUACACCAAACCGCUCACCUUUGCCGACUGCAUUAGUGAUGAAUUGCCGCUGGGAUGGGAAGAGGCGUAUGACCCACAGGUUGGAGAUUACUUCAUAGACCACAACACCAAAACCACUCAGAUUGAGGACCCCCGGGUACAAUGGCGGCGGGAGCAGGAGCACAUGCUGAAGGAUUACCUGGUGGUGGCCCAGGAAGCCCUGAGUGCCCAGAAGGAGAUCUACCAGGUGAAGCAACAGCGCCUGGAGCUUGCACAGCAGGAGUAUCAGCAGCUGCAUGCCGUCUGGGAGCACAAGCUGGGCUCCCAGGUCAGCUUGAUCUCUGGUUCGUCAUCCAGCUCUAAGUAUGACCCCGAGAUCCUGAAAGCUGAAAUUGCCACUGCAAAAUCCCGGGUCAACAAGCUGAAGAGAGAGAUGGUUCACCUCCAGCAGGAGCUACAGUUCAAAGAGCGUGGCUUUCAGACCCUGAAGACAAUCGAUAAGAAAAUGUCUGAUGCUCAGGGCAGCUACAAACUGGAUGAAGCUCAGGCUGUCUUGAGAGAAACAAAAGCCAUCAAAAAGGCCAUCACCUGUGGAGAAAAGGAGAAGCAAGAUCUCAUUAAGAGCCUUGCCAUGCUGAAGGAUGGCUUCCGCACCGACAGGGGGUCCCACUCUGACCUGUGGUCUAGCAGCAGCUCCUUGGAGAGUUCGAGUUUCCCGCUGUCGAAACAGUACCUGGACGUGAGCUCCCAGACGGACAUCUCGGGAGGUUGCGGCACUAGCAGCAACAAUCAGUUGGCAGAGAAGGUCAGAUUGCGCCUUCGAUACGAAGAAGCUAAGAGAAGGAUCGCCAACCUGAAGAUCCAGCUGGCCAAGCUUGACAGUGAGGCCUGGCCUGGAGUGCUAGACUCGGAGAGGGACCGGCUGAUCCUCAUCAAUGAGAAGGAGGAGCUGUUGAAGGAGAUGCGCUUCAUCAGCCCCCGAAAGUGGACCCAGGGGGAAGUGGAGCAGUUGGAGAUGGCCCGGAAGCGGCUGGAGAAGGACCUGCAGGCAGCCCGGGACACCCAGAGCAAGGCACUUACAGAGAGGUUAAAGUUCAACAGUAAGAGGAACCAGCUGGUGAGAGAACUGGAGGAAGCCACCCGGCAGCUCGCAGCCCUGCACUCACAGCUGAAAAGCCUCUCGAGCAGCAUGCAAUCCCUGUCCUCGGGCAGCAGCCCUGGAUCCCUCACAUCCAGCCGGGGCUCCUUGGCUGCCUCCAGCCUGGACUCCUCCACCUCAGCCAGCUUCACUGACCUCUACUAUGACCCCUUCGAGCAGCUGGACUCGGAGCUACAGAGCAAGGUGGAGUUCCUGCUCCUGGAGGGGGCCACGGGCUUCCGGCCCUCGGGCUGCAUCACCACCAUCCAUGAGGACGAGGUGGCCAAGACCCAGAAGGCAGAAGGGGGCAGCCGCCUGCAGGCCCUGCGCUCCCUGUCUGGCACCCCAAAGUCCAUGACUUCCCUGUCCCCCCGCUCCUCCCUCUCCUCCCCAUCCCCGCCCUGCUCCCCUCUCAUCGCUGACCCCCUCCUGGCUGGAGAUGCCUUCCUGAGUGCCCUGGAGUUUGAAGACCCGGAGCUGAGUGCCACUCUUUGUGGACUGAGCCUUGGCAGCAGCACCCGGGAGAGGUGCCGGCUGGAGGAACCCGGAACCGAGGGCAAGCAGCCGGGCCAAGCUGUGAAUUCGGCCCCAGGGUGCACCCUGAAAGUGGCCUGUGUCUCCGCUGCUGUGUCGGAUGAAUCCGUGGCCGGGGACAGUGGUGUGUAUGAGGCUUCUGUGCAGAGACUGGGUGCUUCAGAAGCUGCUGCUUUCGACAGUGAUGAAUCAGAAGCAGUGGGUGCAACCCGGGUUCAGAUUGCCCUGAAGUACGACGAGAAGAAUAAGCAAUUUGCAAUAUUAAUUAUCCAGCUGAGUAAUCUUUCUGCUCUCUUGCUGCAACAAGACCAGAAAGUGAACAUUCGCGUGGCUAUCCUUCCCUGCUCCGAAAGCACCACCUGCCUGUUCCGGACCCGGCCCCUGGACGCCUCAGACGCCCUCGUGUUCAACGAGGUGUUCUGGGUGUCCAUGUCCUAUCCAGCCCUUCACCAGAAGACCUUAAGAGUCGACGUCUGUACCACCGACAGGAGCCACCUGGAGGAGUGCCUGGGAGGCGCCCAGAUCAGCCUGGCUGAGGUCUGCCGGUCUGGGGAGAGGUCGACUCGCUGGUACAACCUCCUGAGCUACAAAUACUUGAAGAAACAGAGCAGGGAGCCCAAACCAGUGGGAGCCACGGCCGCCACCCCAGGGCCUGAAAGCACGGAUGCCGUGUCUGCUCUGCUGGAACAGACAGCAGUGGAGCUGGAGAAGAGGCAGGAGGGAAGGAGUAGCACACAGACCCUGGAAGACAGCUGGAGGUACGAGGAGGAGGCCAGCGAGAACGAGGCAGCUGCUGAGGAGGAGGACGGAGAGGAGGAGGAGGAAGGAGAGGAGGACGUUUUCGCUGAGAAAGCCUCACCAGAUAUGGACGAGUACCCAGCAUCAAAGGUGGACAAAGAGACCAACACGGAGACCCCAACCCCAUCUCCCACAGUGGUGCGGCCCAAGGACCGGCGGGUGGGCACGCCAUCCUCAGGGCCAUUUCUUCGAGGGAGCACCAUCAUCCGCUCUAAGACCUUCUCCCCAGGACCCCAGAGCCAGUACGUGUGCCGGCUGAAUCGGAGUGACAGUGACAGCUCCACACUGUCCAAGAAGCCACCUUUUGUUCGAAAUUCCUUGGAGCGGCGCAGCGUCCGGAUGAAGCGGCCUUCGUCCGUCAAAUCCGUGCGCGCCGAGCGCCUGAUGCGCACCUCGCUGGACCUCGAGUUAGAUCUGCAGGCGACCAGGACCUGGCACAGUCAGCUGACUCAGGAGAUCUCAGUGCUGAAGGAGUUCAAGGAGCAGCUCGAACAAGCCAAGAGCCACGGGGAGAAGGAGCUGCCGCAGUGGUUGCGCGAGGACGAGCGCUUCCGCCUGCUGCUGAGGAUGCUGGAGAAGCGGAUGGACCGAGCAGAGCACAAGGGUGAGCUUCAGACAGACAAGAUGAUGAGGGCGGCCGCCAAGGAUGUGCACAGGCUUCGAGGCCAGAGCUGUAAGGAGCCCCCAGAAGUGCAGUCUUUCAGGGAGAAGAUGGCAUUUUUCACCCGGCCUCGGAUGAAUGUCCCAGCCCUCUCUGCAGACGACGUCUAAUCGCCAGAAAAGUAUUUCCUUUGUUCCACUGACCACGCUGUGAACAUAGACUGUGGCUAAAGUUAUUUCUGUGGUGUUAUAUGAAGGUAUUGAGCACACACACAGGUCCUCCAGUGUGCUCGUUGGUUUGAAGACGAACAGAUUUUUUUAGUUUGGGUUCUAUUAUUAUUAAAAACAAAAAACAACAAAAAACAACAAAAAACCAGCAUUAAAUGACAAGAUUGUAUAGUUUGUAUAUUUAGGAAUGUAUUUUUGAGAAAGAAAAUUUAAAUGAACUACAGCAGUGUUAAGUUGCUGCUCUUCUUAAAAUUUAGAUUUUUUUUUUUUUUUUUUUUUGUACAGCUCUACCUUCUAGAGGUUUCACUGCAAUAAGAAGUAAUGUUUUGGGGACGGUAAUCCUAAAAGGACGUCCUAUAGAUGUCACAGCACAGCUGACCUUUCCUACUUAACAUAUUUUGUACAAUAUUAAAAAAAAAUGCACAGGAACCAUUUGGGGGAUUCUGAGGUGCCUCCGUGAAUCUUCAUGAGCUGUGAUGUGUUGUAUGUGGCCGCCUGACAUGGAGCGGGCAGCGCAGAGCUGGCUGAGCAGCCCAGCCCGUGCUGGUCUCAGAUGCCCAGUGAAGCCACUGAAGCGAGUGAGGGAGGGCUAUGGCAAACUCCUUUCAGUUUUAUCUCCAUCAAUAAAGUGGCCUUUCUGAACAAA